GCAUCUCCUGAGUCCGUUGAGCCAUGCUUCUCAAGCGCGUGCCGACGUGGCCCCUCUGCAGCGCAGCAUGAGCUGGGCACUCGUGCGGACGAUACCACAACGUUUCCGUAGCCAUUUUGGCUCAAGCCAUUCCGGGUCAAGCCAUCUUAGUUCAAAGCUACGUUUUCGUUGAAGCUAUUUGCUUCAUUUUAGAUCUCUUGCUUUACCUCCUCGCGCCAUUCCUUUUCGCGCAACCAUGGCCUUCAUUGCGAGAGCUCUUUCGCUCGCGGGCUUGUUGAUUACCGUUGGCGCGCAAGAGGCAUCGGACUACAAAGAGGUCGCGCCAAAUCCAAACGGCGGAGUGAAUCCGAGGUGCCAUGAGGUAGAUCCAGCAGGCACGUGGAAAGAUGUAACAGAGGCUCAAUGCAAGAACUUUGUCUCGAUUCAGGGUGGCCAGUUUGCAAGCAAACCAGCGAGUAACGCACCGUGGGGGUGCUCCAGGGGCGACGGGGAUACUAACACGUACCAAUACGUGCAGCCUGGAAAUACGAAUUUUAAUGAGGAAAGCUCUGAGUACCACAUCGUCUGCAUCAAGGCCUCGUACACUGUCACUUGCCAGGGCAUGACCUGCCUUGAGAGGUUCAGGCAUUACUGCGAGGAGAACAAGGCAGGCUUCGGCUCCAACAAUAACGCGGCGGCGUCCGCGAAUUCUCCGAAGGACAUCCUCGUUGCCGAGUGCCCCGACUGCGAUGGCGCCGCCAGCACGGACAUUUGCCCAACGAAGCUUCGCUUGUACGAUGCCGCCGAGGAGGCGGAGCCGACUCCGAGGCUCGACAGGACGUCCGUGGCGGUGUCGGUCCCGCUCGGGUUGGUGUCCGCUCUCGUCGUUGUGGGUGCGCUCGUCCGCGUCUCCCGCAGCCGCGCGUCCAAUGGGCCAGCGCCCGUGGAGGACGAGCAAGAUUUGCUGCGCAAGUGAACGAGCACGCCUGUGGCAGCAGCUCCGGACCAGAGGAGACAGGGCUUGCCGAGUCCCGCAUGCUUUUUUGAGAUGCUUCUCCGCCUGACGUGCGCAAUCGCUUUGCGCCAGCUCAGCGAUCAAAGUUGCGUGCCUCUCUCUCUCCCUCUCUCUCGCGCGGUCUCUCAUACGAACAACCGUACAUCCUGCUGACCCCCCUUCCCCCCGACGCCCCUGUAGCCCUGCAUCUGUAUAGGGUAUCUGAUCUGCACUGAUCCGCUCGGCGCGCAGGAAGGAGACCAACCUCCUGCAGGCUCACGGGAACUUCGGGGCUUCCCUCAUUUCGAAUUGAGCUUGAAGUUUCGCUAGUCGCGAGAAAGCUUCGCUCCAUUUUUAUGUCUGUCCAGUAAGACAAAGUCAAGGAAGGUGCAUCUGCAGCGAAAAAAAA